GGGGGAUCGCGCAAGAGGCAUACGCCCAAGGUUCAGCUAUUUCACUAAGGAACAUCUAGUGAAUGAAAAAGGAACAAUUGGAAAACGUUUGCUCGAGUUUUUGGAUAGUCUCACCGGAUCAGGGAUCCGUCUUGCUAAGACGUUCAGACUUCGGAACCAGCACUGCUAUCGCCCAUAGUAGCUGCUAAAUAUAACAUGUAAAUGAAGUGAAAGAUAGAGAACUUCGAGUAGUCCAGAAAACAGAAGAGGUGGUGGCUUAGGCCUGCUAACACGAUAGUUUGCAACCGCUCAACUGGGGCCUUCCACUAGAACAGGCAACUCUUGCGCGCGGGCUAUGUGCCUCGGGCGAUAAACUUUGACAGUUAGUGUCUGAGUCCUUGUUCAGCAUUUAGUUUCUUUUUACUCUUCGUUUUAUGUAUGUGUAUCUGGGGAUACGAAGAACGUGUAGUGUCGUCUAAAAGUCGUAAAGGCAUCGGGUGUAGAAAUAGAAGUGAGUGGUCAGCCUCGCACGACUGCGCGCACGCAGUUACUCAGGUUCCUGGGCAGUGUGUGGCUCUGCGUUGGCACUAAGUCGUAGAAAAAGAACUUGCAGAAGUUACGAGACUAAACGUUGGUAGAGAAAUAGCAUAAGUGAAAGAUGGAUGAUAAAGAGGCGGCGGAGGUGGAAGUAAAGAAAACUCCUCGUCUCCGGAGACGCAAGAAGGAGAGGAGAAGGAUCUGGAAGGGCUUCCGAAUGCAGCUUGCACCACUGAGAAUCAAUUGGCGCAGGAUAUUGAAGAUUCGCGGAAGGAGAAGCGAGCUUUUUGAAGGCUGUGCAUCCCCAUACAUCAGCAAGAAGCUGCAACUCAAGAUGGAUGGUCUUGCCCUUCCUGCGGCCAGCGUCAUGUCGGUGAAGAAGAAGAGGAGACUGAUGCGCCGCCGCAGACUCGUGUUUGAUUCAGAGAGCGAUGGGUCGGAGAUCGCCAAAAUGGCAACGCACAAACGGCACGCGAUCUCCAUCAACGACUACAGGGCGUGGCUCGAUGAGGCACACCUGCAAGGCGCAGAACAUGGCUGGGCUGCGUGGAAGGCUUCGGGAUAUGAUGAAAUCAUGUCGUUGCACGACUUCAGACGCGGCAAAGGCGUUUGGCGUCGCGAGACGAUUACUGGGAAAGCGCGUCUGUCGUGGCCGGAAUGGCACGCGAAAUAUAGAUCGGACUUUCCCGACGUUGCAGCUUGUCGGCAUAGUGCGUACCUUGCGAAACUGACAAGAAGUCACAGAUUGUUACAGCGGGCGAAGCUGGUGGUGCCGGGAAUUCGCGCUCUGGUGGGAGUUGGUCUUGGUGAAGCGCUAGCAGCUUACGUUUCGACAUACGAGGCAAACAUAUGGGUGCGUCUUAUGGGACAGCCGGCACCGACAGAAAUUGCACCUCCGAAGAAGGGCGUGAUUGAUACUCGAAAAACCGAACAAAAGCAAAGCAUUUAAGACCGCCCAUAAGAAAGCUAAAAAGAACAAAAAAAUGCGACUUCACAUAUGUGGCCGGUACGUGACGUGUUUGAGUGGUUGAUACGAUCGUGGCUUUUUCCU